AUGGGCUUGACGUCAUUAAAAAAGCAAAAACGACCAAUAUACUAUUUGGAUGAAACUUGGGUGAAUGCCGGACACACUGUAGGCAAAGUGUGGGACGAGACGACCGUAAAGUCACGAAAACAUGCAUUUAUAGAGGGCUUAUCAACAGGUGCCAAAAACCCAACUUCCAAAGGGAACCGGAUAAUUGUACUGCACAUUGGAAGUGACAGAGGAUUCGUGUCGGAUUCUGCACUAGUCUUCGAAUGUAAAGGUACUGGAGAUUAUCACGAGUCAAUGAAUGCGAAUACUUUUUGA